ACUUCGCCUGUCAUUCUGCUGCGUCACUGUUCUCGUGUCCUCCUACUCGCAUUAAAUUGUUAAAAUUAACUGUUAGCUUAAGCAUUAUUAUAUUGGAUUGAUAACUUCUAUAAUUAACUGAGGAUUUCUAAUGUCACUUCAUCGUUCUUCUAAUGGACCUCCACCAGCGAAACCACUUGUUGCAUUGCUUGAUGGUCGUGACUGCACUAUUGAAAUGCCCUUGUUAAAAGAUGUGGCCACAGUUGCUUUCUGCGAUGCUUCAUCCACCAGUGAAAUUCAUGGCAAAGUCCUUGAAGAAGCUGUUGGGGCUUUAAUGUGGCAUACCAUUUCUUUAACGCGCGAGGACCUUCAGAAAUUCAAAUCACUAAAGAUUAUCGUGAGGAUAGGCAGCGGUUAUGACAACAUUGACAUAAAAGCCGCUGGGGAACUUGGAAUUGCUGUUUGUAAUGUUCCCGGAUUUGGUGUUGAGGAGUCUGCAGAUACGACACUUUGCCACAUUCUGACGUUAUACCGACGUACUUAUUGGUUAGCAAACAGCCUGCAAAUGGGCAAACGGAUUAAUGGACCUGAGCAUUUAAAGGAAGUUGCAAACGGGUCUGCUCGAAUACGACGUGAUACUCUUGGGAUAGUUGGUUUAGGCCGAGUUGGAACAGCUGUGGCAUUACGAGCCCAAGCUUUUGGAUUUCAUGUAACAUUUUACGAUCCUUAUCUUCCAGAUGGGAUCGAACGAUCAUUGGGUAUCGAACGUGUUUACAGUCUUCAAGAUCUACUAUUUCAUAGUGAUUGUGUCACUUUGCAUUGCUCACUUAAUGAGCAAAAUCGCCAUAUGAUCAAUGAGCAUACAAUAAAGCUAAUGAGACCGGGUGCAUUUUUAAUCAAUACUGCUCGAGGUGGUUUAAUUGAUGAAGUAGCCCUUGCUGCUGCACUUAAGGAAGGUCGAAUACGUGCUGCAGCAUUGGAUGUAACAGAGACAGAACCAUUUGUUUGGAGUAAUAGUGCUUUAAAAGAUGCUCCAAAUCUUAUUGUAACACCUCAUAUGGCAUUUUACAGUGAAUCAAGUAUGCGUGAAAUGCGCGAGGCAGCUGCAAAUGAAAUCCGAAGAGCUAUUUCAAGUCGCAUACCAGACUGUCUUCGAAACUGCGUCAACAAAGAAUUUAUGCCCAAUGGUGGUUCGUCAUUAUUUUCUCACGGUUGUUCCAACAAUAGUCUAUCCAAUAAUAUCAAUAAUAAUCCCCUUCUUAAUAACAAUCAUCUGUCUCUUGGAGCAGGUAUACCUGGUGUUAAUGCCCUCAAUAGUAGUGUAGCUUCAGGACUAGAAAACGCCGCACGUGGUUUACAUCCAGCAGCUGCAGCUGCAGCGUUUGGUCUUUCAGCAGGUCUUUUCUCUUCUGCUGCAGGUGGAGGUUGUGGUCUUGGAGUAGGUGCUAAUAGUCUCCCCUUCCCUGCUAACCUAAUUGGUGGAUCGGGGAUAGGUCUGUCAAAUGCCGGUGGUGGAGGUAUUCUCACCAACAGUGGUGGUCCAACAACAAUCCCGGCCCUCCCUCCCCCUCCUGCCGUUGCCGCGGCCGCCGCAGCCCAUCUAGCUGGCCUUCCUCCCGUCUCAGCGUACGCCAACUUCUUUCCUCCUGGAUUAGCCGCUGGUUUAGGCCUUCCUCUCCCCCCUCCGCACGCUGCAUCUUUGGCUGGCGUAACCGGAUCCUUAGGAGGUACAACGACUGGGUCUUCAACGAGUGCAACCUCAGGCAAUUGUACCAAUAAUUCUACUUCAGGCUCAGGAGGUCAGACAGUCAGUUCCCCCUCACCUGCAACCAGCGGUUGUAUCCCCGGUGUAUCCAGCAGUACUUUUGAUAGCGUACAUGCCAGGCUUGCUGCCGCCGCCAGUCUUGUUGCUUCGGGUCUAAAUCCGAGGUAAGUGUUACCGUUGCAUUAAUUUCGCUUUUCAUUUGUAAAUAAUGUACAACUUAAAAUAAAAAUUUCAGCACUGAAAAAGGUACUUUCAGCUUCUUGCACUUGGUAUAGUUGACUAAUUUUUAUUGACUAACGGGCAGAAGUUAUUUACUCACUUAAGACCGACUCACUGCCCUUUUAUGUAGCAGUAUGUGUGUUCUUGUAUGGUACAUAUAUUUUAUACUUUUACAUGAGUGUAGUUAACAUAAUAACGUGGGUAUUAAUUUCGCUCGUAAAAAAGUUUGGAGUUCAUAUUAGUUAGCUAUAUGACAGAACAGACAAAUACGUGAAAGUUUCAGGAUUUUAAAAUUAGUUAACUUCACUAUGAUUGCAGCUCUGAUAUUGAUAUACAUAACAGAUUAGGCUUUUUCAUUCAGUUAUUGCGAAUUAAUCCAUGCAUGCGGUAUUUGCUCGACAAACAAUUUAUCUAAGCUGUAUAACAAAUUUUGUUUUUAUUAUGUUUUUUUCCUUUAAAAGUUAAAUAUAUCUAAGCACAUUUCUCUGGUUUACUCUCAAAUAGAUCAGAACUUAAUAAUUCUGAUCUGUUUAAUCGUCUUCAAAUUUCGUAACAGUAAACUGAUAAUAGCACCUUUAGAGUAACUAAUAGCUAUAAUGAAAAGUUUAUUUUCUGUCGAAUAUCGAUUUAAUGAAAUAAAUAUUAAGCUCUUUUUUUCAUGAACAUGAUCAAUAUAAUUUGCAGUUUUUUUUCUUUAAAGUGAUGUUAAUUAUUUAUAAAAAAGAACAGUGCUAGUAUUUAACCUGUAAAUUUAAUUAACUUUGUUUUUCCCUUCUGUUUAACUAUUUUCUCUUCCAGAUCUUCAUGAUACUACACUUUUCUUAUCAAAAUUAAUCAAAAGGUGUAAAGUGAACAAACUAUAUAAAUGUUUUGCUAACUUUGAACUAUAAGGGGAUUUGUUAAUCCUAUCUACCUACCAUGCGUAUGUGUAUCGCAUGUGUACUUCAUACAUUAAUAAAAUGUUGUGUUAUGAUUUAUUUUUUUAAAUUAAAAAUUUAUACAUC